AACCUGCCUUCGGGGAAGUGAACCAGCUCGGGGGGGUGUUUGUCAACGGGAGACCCCUGCCCAAUGCCAUCAGGCUGCGGAUUGUGGAACUGGCGCAACUGGGUAUCAGGCCGUGUGACAUCAGCCGGCAGCUCCGCGUUUCCCACGAUCCGGGCAUCUUCGCCUGGGAGAUCCGGGAUCGCCUGCUGGCCGAUGGCGUGUGCGACAAGUACAACGUGCCGUCGGUCAGCUCCAUCAGCCGCAUCCUCCGGAACAAAAUCGGGAACCUGUCUCAGCAGAGUCACUACGAGUCCUACAAGCAGCACCAGCCGCCCCCACAGCCUGCUCUGCCCUACAACCACAUCUACUCCUACCCCAGACCCAUCGCUGCU